CUACUACAAAUCCGCUGGUGACGGACGACCGACAGUUGUGUGGACUAGCCGUCUCGGGACUCUGGUUACAACCUCAGCUCUUCGCAAGUUCGCUGGAGAUAACCCAACGACCACCAGAUUUAAAACCUCUGGUUGGCCUUCUAUAUGGUUAUUAAUGACUCCGAGACUAUUUCCGGGAGGAAGAUGCUUGUUUAAGCAAAAUUAGUGAUGAAUUGUCGCGAGUCACUUUCAUUGUCCCUCCUAUCUUGUGGUCUCCGGAUACCUAGAUGAGCUGCAUUGCCACCUUCAGUAUUGUCCUCUGAGGCAGUAUUAUCCAUAGUCUGUGUUUGAUCAACGGCACAUCAUCGAAUCUUUCCCCCGCAAACAUACAUCGAGCCUGCGCCGCACGGUCUAUUCUCUUGGGUUCCCAAGAGUUUAUCACCUCUAUCAAUUAUCAACCCACUUCUAUUUACUUGGUCGAGAUGUCCUCAACAACGACUAGUCCAAUCGCCAGUGCUACCAAUACCGACCAUAAUGGCGGUGGUAACAAUACUAGCCCCACAAGCUCACCGUUGCUGUUUUUUGUUGCUCUUGGCUUCGGUGUUGUUUUUACAAAUUUAUGGAUUAUUGUUGGAGUUAAAUAUUGCUUCCGAUACAACCAACGAAAUCGACAGAUGCGUGGCGAAGAAACAGGGGAGCCCAUAGAUCUUAUAGCUAUGCCUCGAACACACCGACGACGGCGAGAAAAGAGGCUGAUGAGCAUGGACGAGGUCAAUCAACGCUUCCCACUUAUUAAAUACAAAGCUUGGCGUUCGUCUCGCGCUGAUGAUGGCCUUUCUACUGCUGGUGAAAUCGCAUCACCUACUGGGGAUGAUCACAAUUUAGAGGGCGGUCAUGACCGGCUUACAAGUUCUCCUCCCUCCGCGACACCACAACUGAAGGAUAAUAGACAGCUGGGAUCUGGGAUGUCGCUAGCUGAAGAAUCACGACAGCAUGUUGAAACGCCGUUAACUCAAUCGCAGGGGAAGUGCCCAGUGGCUAUCGAUCUUGCUCGAGUCCAGACUCACGCCACUAUAGAGGAUGACGACGAUCUUGGACAUCAAAUACGUACCGCCGUCCCCGCCGAACUGCUGGCGAAUCCUGGCGACACAUGUGCCAUAUGCCUCGAUUCGAUCGAUGACGAUGAUGAUAUACGUGGGCUCACAUGCGGCCACGCCUUUCAUGCUUCAUGUGUUGAUCCUUGGCUGACAAGUAGAAGAGCUUGUUGUCCUCUUUGCAAGGCGGAUUACUAUGUCCCAAAGCCACGUGCGGAAAUGCACGACUCUGCCACCAAUGCAGAACGGACCGGUCGUCGUGUCAGUGUGCCAGCCUAUCCCCAGGCAGUGUUUCUUGGAGGACGAAUAAAUAGUCCUGGAUCUCCGCGAUUAUAUCCUCCAGCACAGCACGCACAACCCACAUACCGAACUGUCUUCUCUCGAUUUGGACUCUGGCAAAGACCUGAGGCUAGCCAUAGUCAUGAUUUCAAUCACGCAGCUGAAUUGACGUCACAGUCUGACCCAAGGAACAGCAGAGCUGGCCUAUUCUUUGCACGUUUCUUUGGCCCCCGAACUUCAACUCCGAGCCGUGCUGGAAAUGAGCUUGCGUCCCAUGCAGCAAGCACCCCGCAUCCGGGCAAUAACCGCACGCUUAGUCAACUUGAGGCUGGACCUACUGUCUGA